AUGCGCGUCGGGUCGGGUCCGGUUUGAUGGGCGAUGGGUCUGAUCGCUCGCGUGCGUAAAGAAUGGUUCAUCAUAGGGAUAGUGCUCGUGAUUACCUGCGCCAAGUUCGCGCCGUCCGUGGGGGUGAAAGGAGGUAUGUCCAACAGGUAAAUGGUUUUGUCCUCAUUGUGUCUUUACCUGUGAUGGCAGCAAAGUGACACGUUGCAACACCCGGAUCUCAAUAAUCCUCAAUGGGUAGAGAGCAGUUUUCUUUAAAGUCCUCUUCGGCCAGAGAUUACAAUCACCUAUAUUGCUGUGUCUGUAAUUUUCUUUAACAGUGGCUUGUCUUUGAAAACAGAGGAGUUAGCGAGUGCAUUAAUGCACGUUAAGUUGCAUUUCUUCGUCCAAACAUUCACGCUUGUAUAUUUCCCCAUUGCUGUUUGGCUUCUUCUCCAAGUUUUGUCUCUUACAGCGAUCAACGAAUGGCUUCUGAAAGGGUUGCAGACGGUUGCGUGUAUGCCUCCUCCAGUCUCCUCUGCUGUCAUUCUGACUAAAGCUGUAGGAGGAAAUGAGGCUGCAGCCAUUUUUAAUUCUGCAUUUGGGAGCUUUCUGGGAAUCGUGGUCACUCCUCUCCUGUUACUGGUGUUUCUGGGCUCGUCGUCCUCUGUUCCAUUCUCUUCCAUCUUCUCGCAGCUGUUCAUGACGGUGGUUGUCCCCCUCAUAGUUGGACAGGUGUGCAGGAGGUUCCUGAGAGAGUGUCUGGACCGUCGGAAGCCUCCAUUCGGGACGGUGAGCAGUGUGGUUCUGCUUAUGAUCAUCUACACCACCUUCUGUGACACCUUCUCCAACCCCAACAUAGAGCUGGACCACCUGAGUCUACUGCUCAUCGUCUUCAUCAUUUUUUCCAUUCAGUUGAGCUUCAUGGCUCUGAUAUUUUUCUUGUCUACAAGGAAGACCUCUGGUUUCACUGCAGCCGAUUCAGUGGCCAUCUUGUUUUGUGCCACACAUAAAUCCCUCACCUUAGGUAUCCCUAUGCUGAAGAUUGUGUUUGAGGGAUAUGAGCAUCUGUCUUUGAUAUCAGUUCCUCUGUUGAUCUAUCAUCCUGCUCAGAUCCUGCUGGGCAGCAUUCUAUUGCCCUCCAUUAAAACAUGGAUGAGUGUAAGACAGAAGACCCUGACACCCAUAUGAACCACGUUGUCAAUUGGAAGCUGUGAAAAACUUGGCUGUGCCAAACCAAACCAGGAAAAACAAGACCAAACCAGACAGAGGUGCAGUUCUGCUGUCCUGAUCACAGGAUGGGGGAGGAUUUGACUCGGUGGAAGGAUACAUUGGAUUAAGUGCCUUAUCACAACUAACAGGGACCUCAGAUAGCUGUAUACUGCCUCCCUACAGGGACUAUAGAUGAACACAUAACCUAAAAUGAUUCCAUGAGCUUUUUUUAAAAUGGAUAUCUGAAUGUAUAUUUGUAUUUUUAUAUGAAGUGUCAAAUCAUUUCUUAGCUCAGUUCUUGACGGCACUCAGACCUUCUCAAAGGAUUUAUUUUUGUUUGUUUUAUUGAUAUAACUAAAUAGAGCAAAGCCAGACUUGCAGGAAGAGCUCCAACCAUCUUUCGUCUUUUGGUUUUUGCAAAAUUAAGAUUGUAACUUGAUACCGAUGAUGAACCUUGGAUAUUUUUGUGGCAGUAAAGAAGUUUCGACAGAAAGAGACUUAUUUCUAUCAUUGACUUUAUUAUGGUUUGUUUGUUUUGUUGGAGAACUUUGCCAUUCUCUUUUGCGGUGACUUUACUUUUGCCAUCCAACACACUUCCUGUGUGAAUUUACGUUACUGAAGACAAUAAAUAUUGUCAUAAAUUCAAUAAAUGACUGU